AUGAACGAACCACCUCCCAAACGACAGAGUGUCUUUGCCAAAGGAAUGAAAAAACUACAACGAUCCAAGUCCUUACUCAACUUUGCUGAACAAGCAAAACCACCCACCCCCGAAAACUUUUCGUCGUUGGACCCUAAAAGCAAUCUCAAUUCUAUAGGGUUGAGUCUUGUUGGCUACGGUUUAUCCAGCGACCACCUACCCCCACCACGACUAGACACCGACUCUGAAUCAGUAUCAUCUCGAACUAGCUCGCCCACAUUGCAUGUCACCACCAAAUUCAACCCCAAACAACGAGUAGAGUCAUUCCAGACCGCCACCAACUUUAAAAACCAAAUACCACCAGAAGAGAUUGUCGACCAGUUGUUUGAAAAACUCUUAUCAAUCCGAGUAUUCCCCGAUGAAGCAGUCUAUUCGCUAAAGAAACAGCCAGUUGAACGCAAAUGGGAACUCUUGCUACGAGAACACGAAACCAACCACCAUUUUGACCUUAAAAAAUUGUCGGAACAGGCUACCGACAAGUUUCUCACCAACCGAGAUAGAUUCCAGGAACACGAGUUUCUCAUAAUGUCCCGUAGCACUACCCAAGAACCUAAACCGAAAUUGAAACCGCUAAGAAUUGUUUCUGGCGGCGAAGACUACGACGACGAAGAAACACCUACAGUCACCAAACUAGUCCACGACGAUAGCAGCACCAGCAAACUAUCCAUCGAGUCCGGAGGCUCUUCUGGUGCACCAACAGAGACCGAAAGUUUGUUGGGGUUGGUCAACAAAAAGCUCAAAAUCAGAGACGGGUCCCCUGAUUGGUAUGUGUCACGCAUAAUGGCCAACAAACUCUCACUCAAAGAUUGCAAGAAAUUGGAAAGGAAAUUAGUCGAAAACAACGUGGUCAAAAACAGCGGCGUGACCUGGACUCAGGGGUUUAUCAAUGCCCAAGGUGAAACGGCACUUUCGGUCGUUUUGACAAAAAUCAACAAGAAAAGCAUUAAAUCGAACGAAGAGUUUGACAAGGAGUACCUUAUAGUCAAAUGUUUGAAACACAUCAACUCUGAAAAACGUGACGAAACCCUGUCUUUGAAGGAAAAAGUGUACGUCGUCAAGGCAUUGGUGUUUUUGUUAGUGUCGCCAAGACUCACAACCCGAAUCUUGGUAACUGAGGUGUUAGUAAUGCUAAUGCUCCUUCGCGACAAAACCUUAUGGAAAAGCGCCCUAGAUGGGUUGAGCAGUUUGCAGGACAGAAACGGCGACUACGUGAUCUUCCAGCCGUGGCUAAAUGCAUUUGAGGAAACAAUCAUAAAGUACUCAUGGAGCCAGAACAAAGCCGGCGAAUUGUCGAACCUCAAAAACUACGCCACAAUUACCUUGAUUUUGAUUAACUCGAUGGUCGACAUGUGCAGCUCCUUGAAACGGCGUAUAUCAAUCAGAAGGGAUUUUGGAAAUGCUCGAAUCCUAAACAUUUUUGAAAAGCUUGCCCAGAUCGAGGAUACAAGAAUCGAUAAUGAAAUUGAGAAAUACGAAAUGUAUGCCGAAGAGGAUUACAACGAGUACGUCGAAGGCAAGAAGAAAAGAAAUAGCAAGCAGUUGCCCAAUAUACCCCAAUCCAAACUCAAGCUAUUGCAGGUAUCCGACUUCGUAACCACACCCGAAGCUAACACCUCACUCGAGGAAGACGAACUCACACCUGAAUUGGAAGACAAUUUAUCCGGCACUGAAUCCUCGUUUGACGAAAAGAGUUUUAUGACAAAACUCAAGGAAGCAGAAGAUAUCGAGUCCGAUGGCGCCAUGAAAAGUGUUCUACAAAGAUUAAUGAAGUUGAAACAGAGCGAACGAUCCACCGAGGACGUACACAAAAUGUUGGUUUUGGUGGACUCCAUGUUGCAGCAUGUCACCAACGAGUCUCGUGUUAUCGGGACAGACGCCCAUUCAGUGUUGAAUAUCACCAUCCAGAAAUUGAUGGAUCGCUUAUCUACCGAAGAUAUGGCUCGCAGAGCCGUUGCCGAAUCAAAAAUGUUGUCACGCCAAUUGGAGUUGGUCAAGGAAGAGAAAGAAUUGCUUGAAAAAGAACUAGAAACAAACAAGAUCGAAACUAUCCGUGAAUUAAAAAAGGAAAACUAUUACCAGGCCGAAUUGAUUGCCACCCAAGAACGCCAAUUGUCUAAAUUACAACAAAAAAUCGAACAGUUGCAGUCUCCCAACAAUACGGCAUUACCGGUGGUUGAUGUGGGCCAACAGGGGUUUGGCAAUGGCACCGUAGCCAGUCUCAAAGAUACGUCUUCGUCAAGCCCAUCAAAAAGACCACCUACACCUCCAGGAUUGUACAGUAUGCAAAAGGGUUCAUUAAGGGGUGGUAUUUCAGCACCACCAAUGCUCGAUUUCAAGGAUGCAAGACCAGUGUCCGAUUUACAGGAUUCUCGACCAGUGCUGGAUUUACAGGAUGCUCCUCGAUUGGUGGAGUCUAGCGCACCACCACUUCCAGAAUCAAAGGAUCCAGUUGCUCAACCACCGCCACCAGAAUCAAAGGACUCAGUUGCUCCACCACCGCCGCCAGUGCCAGACUUUAUAAAGUCUGCUGCACCACCGCCACCACCACUCCCUGGAUUUAUGAAUGCAUCUGCACCUCCACCGCCUCCAGUGCCAGAAUUUAUAAAGUCUUCUGCACCUCCACCACCUCCACUUCCCGGAUUUAUUACCACUACUCCUCCACCACCGCCUCCACUUCCGGGAUUCAUUACUACUACUCCCCCACCCCCACCUAUGCCGGGGAUGUUACAACCAGGAAAAGUCAAGGAACUUGGCACCCUUUUCAAGGAAAAACACAAACAAGAACCACAAAAAGGCAUCACCAAAACCAAAGCCGACGUCGUCCCAUCAAUCAGGCCCAAAAACAAACUCAAACAAAUGCAUUGGGACAAGUUGGAAAACAUUGAAAAAACAUUCUGGAAUAAUCUCGAGGAUUCUGUAUUGUCAAAUAAAUUGAUCGAACAGGGUGUUCUUGGUGAGGUGGAACAAGUCUUUGCUGCUAAAACUGCUACCAUCAAAAAGAAAACAGCCGUCGAGUCUCAACAACAACCUACAAAAAAAUCUUUCCUUUCACGAGACUUGUCGCAGCAGUUUGGUAUCAAUCUCCACAUGUUUGCCAACCUCAGUGAAGAAAAACUUGUGCUAAAAGUACUUCGAUGCAAUUCGGAAAUUCUCGAAAACCAUAGUGUGCUUGAAUUUUUCAACAAUGAAGCAUUGGUCGAACUAAGCGAUAGUCUAUUUAGAAAUUUGGCACCAUACUCAACCGACCCUCGAACACGCAAGAAACCAAUGAAAAACCCUGAAGAAUUGGAACGUGCCGACAGAAUCUUUUUGGAAUUGUGCUACAACCUAAGACACUAUUGGCGCUCCAGAUCGCGUGCAUUGUUGUUUCUGCAAACCUACAAAAAAGACUAUAUCGAUUUGAUGAGGAAACUAAAUAUAGUCGAUGAGGCAAACGCAGCACUAAAAAAGUCGGAGAGUUUGCAGAAUGUGUUGGGUAUUAUACGUACGGUUGGUAACUUUAUGAACGACGACGCAAAACAGGCGUUGGGGUUCAAGUUGGAUACAUUGCAGAGACUCAAAUUCAUGAAAGAUGACCAAAACUCAAUGACAUUUUUGCAUUACAUUGAAAAGAUUGUUCGUCACUCGUUCCCCGAAUAUGGCUCAUUUGUUGACGAUUUAAAUGUUUUAUCUACCUUGCACAACAUAUCCAUCGAGCAAUUGGAAACCGACUGUGAAGAAAUGUCUCGAUCGGUCAAGAACAUUACCGACUCUUUGGAACGAGGUAAACUUAGCAACAAAAAGGACUUGCACCCUGAAGACCGGAUCUUAACCACCAUCAGCUCACCCAUGCUAAAUGCCAAAAACAAAAACGCAAUGUUACAGUCCCAUUUGAAACGCACAGCAGGAGAGCUCAACUCGUUAAUGACGUUUUUUGGUGAAAACCCGAAAGAUGCAACUGCCAGAAACACAUUCUUUUACAAGUUUGUCACUUUUAUCACCGAAUACAAGAAAGCACACGUUGAAAAUAUCCAAAGAGAAGAAGAGCAAAGAACAUACGAGAUUAGGAAAAAGAUUUUGGAAGAUAAAAUCGCCAAAAAGGAAAAGUUGAAAGAGGAACUGGCAGAGCCAGAAGCGGUGGUCGACACCGCCGAAGAGUCGUCUGCGGUUAUUGACUCUCUUUUGGAGAAACUAAAGUCCAGCACCCCGAUCACCACAAAUAGAGCCAAAACGAAAAACAGACGCAGCAAGGCUUUGUCGUUCUACAGCGAGAACCCCUUGGAAAUCGUUGCUGACACCAAAUACGAAAGUGUCAAUAACUUGAAACGACGCAUGACAACAAGAAAACGCACCACAGACGGCGAAACCAGCCCCAAAAGUGAACAGUUUAUGCUGAGGGCCCAAGCAAUGUUGCAUCAACUUAGAAACAAAGAAGAAUAG